CGGGCGCGGUGUUGCCGCGACACCCGUCCGCCCCGGCGCCUUCCGCUGCCCGUCGCCCUUUCCGCCGGCAUGGCUGCGGGGCUGGCCAGGGUGCUGCUGCUGGGGCCUCGCGGCCUGCUGGCCCCCGCGGCGCCCACGCUGUCCCCGCCGGUGCGCGGGGUGAAGAAGGGCUUCCGCGCCGCCUUCCGCUUCCAGAAGGAGCUGGAGCGCUGGCGCCUGCUGCGCAACCCGCCGCCGCCCGCGCGCCGUUCCGAGAAGCCCAACUGGGAUUACCACGCCGAAAUCCAGGCCUUCGGACCUCGGCUGCAGGAAGACUUUUCCCUGGAGCUCCUCAAAACCGCCUUUGUGAACCGCUGCUACAUCGAGAGCGAGGAAGCCCGGCGCCGGGAGCUGGGCGUGGGGAAGGCGGCGGCGGCCCUGAACCUCCAGGACAACCAGGCACUGGCCGAGCAGGGGGCCGCCUUCGCGCGGACCCGCCUCUCCCGCUGGCUGGAGGACGCCUACCCGGCCUUGCCCGCCCAAGGCGUCGGGAGCCUGGUGGCCUUCCUCACGGGAGAGGAGGUGGUGUGCCACGUGGCGAGGAACUUGGCCGUGGAGCAGCUCACGCUGAGCGCCGAGUUCCCGGUGCCCCCGGCCGUGUUGCAGACGACCUUCUUUGCUGUCGUCGGCGCGCUGCUGCAGAGCAGCGGGCCCGAGCGGGCCGCGCUUUUUGUCCGGGACUUCCUGGUGACUCAGCUGACCGGGAAGGAGCUCUUUGAGGUCUGGGAGGUGGUGAACCCCAUGGGGCUGCUGGCGGAGGAGCUGAAGCGCAGGAAGCUCCCGGCCCCCGAGUCCCGCCUCACGAGGCAGUCGGGGAGCACCACAGCUCUGCCGCUGUAUUUCGUUGGACUGUACUGCGACAAGCAGCUGAUCGCAGAAGGCCCCGGGGAGACAGUGCUGGUGGCCGAAGAGGAAGCUGCCCGCGUGGCACUGCGGAAACUCUACGGCUUCACCGAGAACCGGCGGCCGUGGGACUAUUCCAGGCCCAAGGAGAAGCCCCAAGCAGAAAAGACCGUCGCCGCCAGCUAGCCAGCCCGGGUGCGGACGCCUGAAACUCGAGCGCAAAGCAGCCGGGCCAAUGCCCUCAGCCUGGCCGGCCCCCGCAAGGACAUACGCGUUCAUGGGGCACUCGGGGGUUUUUUUUUGGACUCUUUCUUAUUUUUGUCAUUUUUCUAAGAAAUUUCCCCAAAGUUCUUGAUUUUACUGUUGCAUAUCAUCUCUACAGAUAGGCGUGCGUUAUCCCCUCCUGCUUGGAGGCUUCAUUUUAAUAAGUAUUUGGGUUUGGCUGUCAUACCAAUUAAAAACAGUUUCCUUCUCGAAA